GGAAUUUCUUUUAAAGGUGUUCCGUCCAUUUUGUAAAUUGCAAUCACGUGCCGUUUCUAUCAUCACGUGAUAUUUGUGAAGGCAGUGAUUACUGUACUGCAAGGGAAGUAACACUGCGCGGAGUUUGACGACCCGUAUUAUAUUCGAGGCCAUAUCUUGAUACUAGCCGAGGAGUUCCGAUUGCUAUCAGGUUAUAUUUCGGAAGUAAUAUGCCACCAUAAUAUACGGAUAGGUGAAGUUAAGUGGACUCUUCAACUACAUAUAUAGAGAGAUAUAGGAGUGAUUAUAUUAUUCAGUGGUCAAUUUGCAACAUGCUUCGAUUUGCAACGGAAAGCCUGAUACUGAACUCAUCUUGCAUUCUUGUGAUUGUAAUAUGGAUGUUGUGUCGGGACGUAGGAAACGGAGCUGGAGACACUUUCAUCUGUAAUGGAGCACAAUCCACGUUCAAAAACGCCGAAUCAGACACGCGUCUGGCGGCCAUGGAGGGCCGGAUAGAGCAGCUCCAGAAACUUGUCGACCGGAAAGAGAGCGGCCUUACCACUAUUCAAGGAUUCCCGAGAGACUGCGGCGAGAUCUACGCGAACGGAAGCCGAGAGGACGGCCUGUAUCACAUCUCUCCAGACGGCAGGUGCCCGUUCCUCGUCUACUGUGACAUGGAGCACGGCGGAUGGACAUUCAUACAGAAACGAUUGGACGGCUCCGUUAAUUUCUACCAGCCGUGGGCAGAGUACGUUCGAGGCUUCGGUGAUGUCAGCAGCGAACACUGGCUGGGCCUGGAGAAGAUCCACCGCCUGACGCAAGAAGGCGUUGAGAUAUUCUUCAACAUGAGCACGUGGGAAGGCGGGUACGAGUUCGCACAUUACAAGGUGUUCACCGUCCACGAGGCUGCCACCGCAUACAAGAUGAACGUGGACGCGUUCGGCUACGAGGGCAGCAUCAAGGAGCUUCUCAGUUACCAUGACAACAUGAAAUUUUCAACGUUCGACCGUGACAAUGACCUUAGCGUCAACAACUGUUGUCAGAAGUAUAUGGACGGUGGUGGGUGGUGGUACAACACUUGUUACCGACUCGGAUGUGUUAACGGCGUUUUUGGAAAGAAGGAGCUAGGCGGAAUCGGAUACUGGGAUGCUAAACAUGUUCCCAUAAAAUCAGUCAACAUUAAAAUCAGACAGAUGGAGGGAACAUGCUAAACAAUACACUGUACAUGGAUUACUACAGACGGUCAAUAUGGAAUUUAACAUACAUAUUUAAUAUUCAGUUUAAGUAAAACAUUUAUCAUAUAAUAUUCUAUAUAUAUAUUAUGAAAACGAAACACUUCUGAUGCACGGAAGAUUCCAAAAUUAAAACACAACGUAUUUUAUGACCCGACCAACAUUAAUAGUAGGAUUGCAAAUAUGGGAAACUGGAUUUUUUGUCUUUAAAAUACUAAAAACAUAAUGCAGGCUAAGAUAUCGUUAACUUCAGUCGAUAUGCGAUCAUAACACAUGUACAUAUAUUUGAUAAAGAUGUACAAUGCAGAGCCCAACAGUUGCCCAUGGAUACUUUAAUACGGUCGAAACCCAGAAACAGGAUCCAUAUCGCUUGGCUCGAUUUCCUCGUUGGAUCGACCUGGAUGUAAAGGUCAAAUUUUGUUUUACUUUUUAUACGCAUUUCCACUUGGCUCGAUAUUCGUGUGGCUCGAAGUAUCUUGGUCGGUCCAUGUGAUAUCGAGCCAACGAGUUUUGACUGUAGAUGCAUGCAUGUUGCCUCUGAUGUCGUAAACGACUCCUGUGAAUCAGUGAUACUAAAAGUAGCUUAAUCCUAGUUAUUUAAUGCGCAUGGUAAUUAUCAAUAUUUUUCACAAAACGACAAAACAAAUAAAAAGCGUGCAGGAAAAAAUACAUCUGUUUGUAA